UGUUUUUACUUCUAUGAUUCCAAAUGCAAAUGACUGUAUUUGAAAAAUAAAUAAAUAAUUAAUUUUAAAAAUAGUACCUAUAAAAAUGGAUGUGAAGUGUAAUGUCGGUAGAAUACUUGAAACUGAUUGGGUACAAAGCCAAAUAAUUGUGACACAAUAUCCUAUCACUGAGUGUAAGUUAAAAUUUUACUUCACGUUCGCUUCAAGUUUAAGCUUUGUUGUGUUUUGGAUGAUCACAUUAUCAGAUGGAAUGAAGGAAGCUAGAUCACUGCGCAAGGUCAUCGCUACGGCAUCCACCAUUGUAUCCCACACACGAAAAUCUAUCCAUGCGUCGGAUCUGCUAUAGAAGAAUAACAAAUUACAGGCAGCAAUUGUUACAAGUUGGAACUCUAAAGUGAAGAUGAUCAGAUCUGUUUUGAAAAUUCCAAAGGACAAACUUGACCAGCUGGACACUCACACGCUGUCCAAUCAUGAUCGUGUACUUCUCACAGAUCUUGUGGAAAUCUUAUCCCUAUUUGAGGAAGCAACUGAUUAUGCACAAACGCAGAACAAGGUAUCAGCCAGCUAUAUCCUACCUUGCAUUCGUGGUUUGAAGGCUGAACUGAGUAACAUGGAGUAUAGGUUCCAUAAUAAGGUUGUGUCAUUUUUGAGUGCAUCAGUGACCGAAAGACCGACCCAGUACGAAGACACCGAAUCACUCAUUCUAGCGACCAUCUUGGAUCCAAGAUUCAAACUCCAGUGGUGUGCUUCCGAUUCCGAUGAAUGUGGUGCAAAACGCAAUCUUUUGAAACACCACUGCAACCUGAUCUCCGACCAAAAGGAAACAGGAACUGUUAAUGUUGAGCACAUCCGUUCGCCUCCACGCAAGAAAAGCAGAUUAUUCGGAUACAUGGACAGUGCGCCAAUUAUACCUAAGGUUAACACAGGAACCGUGGAAGGUGAGAUCCAGAAUUAUCUGUCAACACCAUGCAUCCUUGAAAACAGUGAAGCCCUCGAGUAUUGGAACAUGCACCAGGAAUCUCACCCUUCCCUUUCUAAGCUGGCUGUUAAGUACCUGGGAAUCCCAUCAUCAUCAGCUGCUGUGGAAUGACUAUUCAGUAUUGGCGGUAAAUUGUUCCGCCCAGAUCGCUGCAGGCUUGGACAACAGCUCAUGUGUAUUAAGAAAAAUGCACACUUUGCUUAAACAGUCAGACAUUUCAAAAACAUCUGGUGUUAUUGUCAUACAAUGUACAUGCGUUUAUACAUUUUUGAUAUGAUUUUUGAUAUAAUGUAAUAAAUAAUAUACAAUUAUCCAUUAUUUGUUCUUAAUUAGUGAAACAAUUUUAUGUUGGUAACAUCACCU